AUGAAUGAAUUUUUUUCAAAAUUUAUCGGGAAAGGACCGACUUCUGGUUCCAUCCAAGAAAAAAUAACUAGUACAUGGACCAGCUUAUGCAACCAAACUCUAAAGAAUACUCAACAGAAUCUAAUAAAUUCUCAUGAAUUAAUUAUUACUCUUAUUGCCGAGAUUAAAGAAGGAAUUGCCAGUGGAUUGAUCAACAUUGUUUCACAAGUUCUUGAACAGAACAAAAUUCCAAACAAUUUAGUUAAAUUCGCCUUAGCAAAUAUUCCUCACGGAUUUGUUGAUGAAGUAUCAUUUUUCUUUACAGAAAUUUCAAAGAUACAAGAAGCGCAGUUCCUUACACAGCCAUUUCUUAUCAAACCAUUAAAUGAAUUUAUAGAAAAUGCGCAGCCAAUCAAUUCAGAACAGUUCAACAGGCUUAUUGAAACCCUUAUUCUUCAUAUUACAAUAGUUCCGGAUGAUAUUCAGUCAUUUAUUGAGUCAGAGUCUUCAGCUCCAUUAAUCCAUCAAUUUACACAACUUGUCGUUUCCAAAUAUCAAGUAAUGGGUGAUGCUCUAUUGCAAAUCCUCAGUUCUUCCAAUUCUAUUCCAAAUCUCCUUACUUUCAUCACUACAUAUUCUCCAUUAGUUGCUACAUGCGUUGAAUUCAUCAGAGACUGCUUAGAUUCGAAAGCUACUGAUGCGUCAAAGCAACAGUUCCUAUCAUCGAUCGACAUGUCCCUUUCUGUUGCCCCACAAAUUUAUGUUGAUUCAUUUUCGAAGUAUUUCUCAGACAAUUUACUUCGUCCAUGCAUAAUUGAAGAGAAAACAGAUAAAUCUUUGCCCAAUGCUAUAUAUAUCCUUGCAUCUUUCUCUUCUUUACAAGUAAUUGGAAAUUUGAUCGAAUAUCUUGUCAAAAAUCUUCCUGAAUUCAUCAAAUCUACAAACACUGAUGUCCAAUAUCUUGCUCUCCGUGCAUCAACCAUUGUUUUAGAGCAUGCUUUCCCUGAACUUCCUCAAUCUCCUUCUGAAUUCAAAGUUUCUUUUGAUUUCAUGAGCCUUUUCAACGCAGAAUGGUUCGUACAGUCCGAUAUCAAUAAGCAGCUCGCAGAAGCAAGACCACGCGUCUCUUUGGCAUUGGCAAAAUCUCAAACAACAUAUUUGAAUGGUAAAAAAUUCAAUUGUUCAGAAAUUUUCAAUGCCUCCCUCUCAAUUCUUGACAACUUUGUUUCCAACGAAAUCAGAGUCAAUUGCGCUGUUACAGAGUUGUUGAUUACGCUUGCAUCAGUGUGGAGUAAUGAUGCAACAUAUUUGAUGCUUUGUGCCGAGUGUCCGAACGGAUUAUUCGAGUCUACAAAGAAAUUGGGACAGUUCUUCAAGGCGAGAAUUGGCGGAAGACAGUCUGUGCAGCAGCUGAUAUCGAAUGCAUACGAAAUGGAGCAACAAAACAAAGCUCCAAAUGACGAAGAAGAAUUAUUGUUCAGAAACUUAGUUGUCGCUUUGGAAUUCGUGAAAGAACUCCAUGCAACGGCUCAGUCGAAGAAUAUGAUCAACCAGAGUGAACAAAUUGUUCAAAUGUAA